AACAAUACACCAGACGAUUUUGUCAAACUGGGCCGGAGCUGAGCUGGGGCCUGAGCCGACCUCAGCCACAGCGGCGCAGGGCCACGUGAGCAGAGGAGGUCGAGAAUGUGCAGUUUUGGGUCAAAUAACAAUUUAGUUCAGUGAUAAGCGAUUCAGUACAUCAAGAUUCACUGUAGUAUGACUAUGAAGCAGGGUACUUCUAGCGUCAGCCUCUCUAAAAGUUUGAUUUGGCGUCAUGUUACUUGUCAUUUGCUAAAUACAAAGAGCCUUACUCGUUGGCAACGUCUCAGGAGAGUCGCAAGGCUGCCGACCUUUAUCAAUGGACUCCCAAAUCAAAGGCUACCCCGAAACGAUACGCUAGGCGUUUCAAAAGGAUUGACUAUUGGGAACCUAAUGAAGAGCAGUAUAGAGAAUUUGAUAUACCGUUCGACCUCAGCAAACUUGAGGUACCGGAUAUGGGGCGGGCCAGUACUCUCAGCUUCAUUGAAAUAUUACCUGUAUGCUAUAUCGGUGCUGUUCUUGGCGCGAGGUUCCGACUUAACGGCUUCUUUCGAUGCGAAAACCACGGUAAUGUUUACGCUGCGGAGGGCCUCUGCUUUACGGGCGAUCGAUACGAGAUUAAGGAAUACAAAUUACUCAAUGUUCUGAAGAAGCUAUACGCUUCUCGUGUCAGGAACCUUAAAACGUUAAUCUCUAGGCCGUUAUUCGCCUGCUCAUUUGAUCAAAACGGCCGUAAAUUUGUCG